CCCUCUGUGCUGCACGACAAUUCGACAGUAUAUUCGCCGCUCGAGAGACGGAACCAGGGGGACAAGUUGUAGACCUCCAAAACUAUUUUACGGUGAUGCGUUAGCGACAGUAGGGUAGAUGAGAACUGGGAUCACUCAAACCAGGAGAACGCGAAAUUAAACCGCAUUUUAUGUCAUGUUUGGAAGUUUUGACAGAUCUCGUAAAACAGAGUAUAUUCUUUGAAUGUUAUUGUAAGCACAAUUCUGGGGUUGACAUACAGUAGGAGUGGGAGUUUCUGUAAUCGCAUGUUCCCCUUUUCCAAUGGACACUCAUUUGGAGACCCCUGGUACACCAAGUAGACCUAUGGAAUCACUUCUGUAAUGUGGAUUGCAAAUUUAUUUGAAAAAAAUAAAGGUCUACUUCAGAACGAUGUGAGAAGAUACGCGUCCUGGAUUUUCAUGUUUCUGGAUAUCUUAAAAAUUAUUGGCAACAGCUGAAAGUCGCUAUGCUCAAGGGAUUUCUGCUCAGGUGUCUUGCCUGCUCCGACCGUGGGACCAAAAUGGAUUUGACGCCACUGCAACCCCCCGUCCCCCAUUAACAGAAGUUCUAACAGUUCUUACAUUUUGUUAUUAACCUACGGUUUUAAAUUUGACAAAUGCUUUGGAAGAAAUCGCAAGACGACCCGCAUGGAUUUUAAAUCGACAUUUGCAUUUGGAAUUUCAAUCAUGAACUUUGUUGACAGUUUGAUAACCUUGUUUCUCCUGACGCUUCUGUAUUUGUCAGCUGUCAAGAGUGCCCACAUACCGAAAGAAGGAUGGAGGAUUUCGCAUGACGGCGCCCCAGGCUACAAUGUUUUUAGUGCUUCAGUGCAGAAGGUACCAAACUUUGUGGGGCUGAGAGAGGGAUUGAAAGAGGGAGUCAGUACAGAAGCAUACCAGAGCCACAGUGAGAGAGGAAAUGAGAGAGACACCUUGAUGGUGAUAUCCUUCAUGGAGGUGUACAAUAAGAGCCUAUGUCAGCCCAGGGAGCUGCUGGUAGAGAUCGCACAGGAGUACCCAGAGGAGGUAGAACAUAUCUUUAUCCCAUCCUGUGUGGUGCUGACGCGCUGCGCAGGCUGCUGCAACGAUGAGAUGCUAGAGUGCACGCCAACCUCCACGCAUAACAUGACCAUGGAGAUAAAAAGAAUAAAACCCCAAAGGCAAGAAAAUAAUAUCUUUAUGAGUUUUACAGAACACAGUGCGUGUGAAUGCAGGCCAAAGAAAGAAGUGAAAGAACAGAGACAAAAAAAACCCCGGAAAGGCAAGGGCAAAGGUCAAAAGAGAAAGCGAAAGAAAAACCAUGACCAAAAGAAUCGUGAAGCUCAGUGCGAGCCAUGUUGUGAUGGCUGUUCAGAGAGGAGGAAGCAGGGGUUCAUCCAGGACCCUCUGACCUGCCAGUGUUCCUGCAGAAACUCCAAUGCCCACUGCCGGGCGCGUUACCUGGAGCUCAACGAGAGGACCUGCAGAUGUGACAAGCCAAGAAGAUGAGCGGCCAAACUUCAGAUGAAAUGACAUGAUGGAAUAUUCACAAGAUGUUUCACAGCUCAGCACUUUGAACUUUAAACUCUAAGCUCAUUUUCUCUGUGGAAAGCAUUCCUCUGGACUGACUGAGAAACAGCGGAGAGAGAAAGAGAAAGAAAAUGAACAGACAGAAAAAUCAGCCCAAUGUAGAUCUGUAUAUACUAAAAGUACAGAUUUUUUAUUGCUGCUAAAAGAAAACUAACUAAAACCCAUCAUUAUAAAAAAGCAAACAGCUGUGUGGUUUUGUAUUUCACUGGCGUGUGACCGGACUGCAGUUUUGUUGUAAUUUCAUUUAUGCAAAUUCUUCACUGGAUAUAUAUGAGUGGUUAUGUGUCGAAUCAGAAACAACAACCUAGCUAUGUGGUACAUAAAUCAGCAGAAAAGAGGAGGAAGAGAAGAAGGGAGAAUAUUCUUGGAGGGAUGGAAAGUACUGACCCAUAGACUCCCGUUGCAGGAACCCAAUUGCAAUGGCAGGACAGCCAAUGGGAAAAUGGGGAUCUGUCCCUUUGACAAUUUAUUUUACCUGAAAGCACGUUCUAAAACUGAUGUGUAGAACUUGUGGAAUGCUAGAACUGUGUCUUUUGCUGCCCUUUCUAGCAGUGGAACUGGGUUUGGAGUGCCAUUAAUACUUCUAAAGGGAUACUGAUGAUUGAUUUUGAUAUACAUGGAAACCUCUAGAAACAACUGAUACUGUAGCUUGAUUCCAUUGAGAAACUGUGCCUCAAACUGUGCUGAUCACUUCAGAGUGAGAAAUCCUGAAUCUGCUUCUUAAAUUAUUUAUUUGUUUUCGGAGGGGAGGGGGAUGGUACGCUGUCUGCGGUUGAACUCAAUACAGAAUGCAAUAGUAUCGAUGGCAAGCUGUCUGUAUAUAUACUAUACAUACUUAAUAUCCCUUAUGUCAUAGUCCGCUAUAGAUAAUUUAUAAUGUUAGAGUAUUUUCAGUAUUCAGUCCUCUACCCGUAUUUAAUUUGAUCUAUUUAUAUAUACAGUGUUAUGUUCUUUUGGGUUUCCCCCCUCCCCGCUAUGUGAUGUCAUUAUCGUCUCCUCUCUGCCUAGCUACAAGGAGACACUGCUCUUGGCUUUUAUAAGAAAAGAAAAUCUUUAUGUAAACAUUCCUCAAAUGGAUCAUUUGUAUGGACGGCCUUUUUAAGGUGGGGGUGCUGCGUGUGAUUUUCACCCUGCUCGUGUGUGCGCGUGCGUGCGUGUGUGUGCGUGCGUGUGUGUGUGUGUGUGUGUGUGUGUGUGUGUUUUUAGAGGCAGAGUAGGCUUAUGCUUGUCUUGAGCUCCACCACGCAAAUAACAAUAAACCCUUGCUAAAAGAAA